UGAGGUACAUACAAAAAAUCGAGCUGGAGUGCGGUGGAAAAAAUAUUGAUUAAUUAAUAUCUGCCAUAAGACAGAUAUAUUUAUUUCGCCGAUAUGACUGAUCAACGGGGGACUAGAGUUUAUGUUGGAAAUUUAACUGAUAAGGUUAAAAAGGAUGACUUGGAAGGCGAGUUCACAAAGUACGGCAAGCUAAAUUCUGUAUGGAUUGCAUUUAAUCCGCCCGGAUUUGCCUUUGUUGAAUUUGAGCAUCGUGACGAUGCCGAAAAGGCAUGUGACAUUUUGAAUGGAUCAGAACUGUUGGGCUCUCAAUUACGCGUUGAAAUUUCCAAGGGUCGUCCCCGGCAAGGCAGACGCGGCGGACCUGGUGACAGAGGACGCCGUGGCGAUGUGGGCAGACACAGUAUAACAAACAGCAGUGGCGGAUUCAGACAACAGCGUGGUUCCAGUAGCUCCAGCAGUCGCCACGGCGAGCGAGGGUACAGCUCCGGCCGCUCUAAUACUGGCUAUGGCGGCAAUAGCAGGGAUGGUGGCAGCAACGGCUUCAGUCGUCGCGAUAUCUACAGUGGAUCCCGUGAGAGCAACCGUUACGGCGGAAGCACCAGUUCCAGCAACAGUCGGAACGGCGGACAAGGUGGAGGACGUUUUAGAUCCCGUUCACCAGUCAUGUAUCAUCGAUUUUAAUGAUAGCGCAGCAAUAAGAAGCCGUUAAUAAAAAUGAUGAAUAUUAAACGUUUAUGCGAAACUGAAACUGAUGCGAUUCUGCUAUCAUCAUUAAGCAUUGCUAAUAUGUACAUACAUACAUAUAUUAAUAUCAUUAAGGAAAUAUGAUCUUUUAAAUAUAUUUCUAUGCUAGGACAUCAGCUUUGGUAUCAAAA